AUGGCACAAACAGCAGUGCUUAGUCGAGAAAAGCACGUGAAGCUCAAAAUUCCUGUCACCAAUUCUAGUUAUGUCGCACCGGAAACGGAGAAUGGAAACCUGGCCCACAGACUCUGGGGAAAGUGGAGAGCUCACACCAUCAUGUUCCUCACUUUCUUUGCAGGUCUUGCUACAGCAUUGGGACACCAUUUCAUGAAUAUGUCCCUUGACAAAACUCAGGUGGAUCAAGCAAAACUCUCCCAGGCAUGGGCAUCGCGAUUCAGCACAUCGACUAUACCUCUUGCGACGGUCAUUGCUCCGGGUUCUUUGUUGACACAACCCAUGCCAUAUUCGAGCAUGGUGAGUAUACCGGUGCCUCAGGCAUCUUUCGACAGCAGUAGCUACGCCUUAGUGGGCCCAACUGGCUAUGCUUUCCCAUCGAACCUGGUCUUCAGGAUUGCAUACGCAGCAGCUAUGUCCGGGAAACCACUUGCUUUGCCCUCAGCUUAUCAGAAUCAGACUUAUGAUCUCACCUUCUUCGGCCCUGCCAUUAAAUGCGGCUCGGCAGAUGUGAGUACCAUUGCCGCAGUGUCUACCACGCUGACCGAGACAAAUGAUGAUCGUCUUUCCGUCAUUUAUGUCUCCUGGGUCGGCGACAAUGACCAUGGACUCCUUGAUCCCAGCACUAACAGCCCAAACGGCUGGCUACAAUCUAGUCCAUGGGAUUCCUAUUACAAAGCUCAAGACCAAAGCUCUUCGGAUGCAGCGCGCAUAUUUGUCAUGACGAACAUGGCGGGUCUCUCAGGGGGUACUCGUGUCCAAGUUACUGAAUGUCUGCUGCAUAACGCAACAUACAACACCAAAUUCAUAUUUCAGUACCCAGAACAAACUAUUAUACCUACAAUUUCACAGUAUUUCAAUACUGUCUCGCAAACUGAUCUUGAUAAUAUGGUUGACAUGGUUGGUAAUACCACUAGCUCAGCAAUUCAUUCCUAUACAGCCAUUAUGGAAGCUUUUGGAAAGCUUCUCGUUGGAGCAAGCAUUUACGGCAGUGGGUCCGGCUAUACUGCGCAAACCGUCUAUUCAACCUAUGCGUAUCUAAACGUCAACUGGAAUGAGUCUAAGAAUGUUCCGGGAGACCUUGAGAGAUUGUUUCAAAACAUCACGUUGAGCAUGCUCAGUAAUGACACACUUAUAAAAGAUCAUACUCAGGGUGAUUAUAUCUCUGUCAACGCAACGACGUACCCAAACACCUUCGUCUACAGGCCUCGCGAUCUCCUCAUAGUCUACGGUUUGAGCCUGUUCUGCACAGUGUUAUGUUCUUUAAUAGGCCUCCACGCCCUACAUAUCAACAAAGCCAGUUACCAAAACAUCUUCUCGACAUUCGUGAGAGUGACGGGCCAUCCAGAGCUACACUCCCUAACAAAGCUUGACGACACUGGCGCUGACCCAGUGCCCAAACAGCUCGCUGAGGCGAGGAUCAGAAUGAGGGCAGGCAAUAGUAGCGAACGCGAUCGGAGUUAA